AUGGCGUCCCUUACUCUCACCACCCCGGCAGAGAUUUGGCGUAUGGUAUUUGCAUGCCUAUCACCCAGCGAUCUCUGGGCGGUGAGUCUUACGAAUAGGGACUUUCGCACUCUUGCGAAACCAUUUCUCUACGCCCAUAUUGAAUGGACAUGGACGGUCUCUCAGACCCCACCGAUUGCCCAGUUUUUGCAAUGCAUUAUGCAGAAGCCCGAAGUGACCAGUCUCGUUCAGGAGCUGAUCCUCGGCGGAGACACUUUCGACGAUUACGAAUGGCAUAACUCUAAAUAUAAGAGUCCAAAACUCCAAGUCUGCGAAGAUCUCACGAAUCAGCUAGUGGAAUACAUCGAAAGCAUCCAUGUUCUACAUACCGAAGAAUGGAUCCAAGAGUUGCGAGCCGGGUCGAUGGACGCAUUUGCAACGCUUUUAAUAUCUCAACUUCCCAAGCUGAAAUGUCUCCACCUGGGCAAAAAUUUCACCCGAGAGAGUCGCCUGAUGAGCAUGAUGUUCUGCUCGGCUCUCUGCAAGGAGUCUGAGUCCCGGGAUAGGCAUAUUUCAUCGUUUGCGCAUCUUCAAGACGUAUCAGCUCAAUGUCCCGAUCUUGAUUUUAAUAUCCGUAGGUACACGGACUUCAGGAACACGGCGGGCGUCCUUUCCUUCUUUUACUUGCCAUCAAUUGAGCGGCUAAGCCUCUCCAUCGACAAUCCCACUUCCUUCACGUGGACAGGGAAGUGUCCACCAAAUCCAUCAAAACUUACAUCGCUCGACUUGACCAUGGUGCGCGAGGGCCAUCUCGGUCAACUAUUGUCAGUUACUCGAGGCCUUCGGAAGCUCAAAUGGUAUUGGAUUUACCGCCCGGAUAUUGCAGAUAACUUCGUCACUGAUACUAUCGAUUUGGAUCAAAUCGCUAGGGACCUAAAUCACAUUCAAGAUACUUUGACAGACUUGACUAUUGAGGCAGGAUCAUGUGGGUGGCCUGGUGAUCUCUACAGGCCACCGCUCCAUUUCAAUGGUUCGUUCAAUUUGAGCGCACUUCAUAUGUUGGAGAGAAUCAAAAUUCCGCUUCCAUUUGUGCUUGGGUUUUCUCCAUCGACUUCAAACACGGUGCACCUCGGGGAAGCACUCCCAAAAAGCCUUGAAUGGCUGACUAUCACCGACGAUCUACGUUUUCAGGAGGAAUGGGAAUGGGAUCUCGAUACUUCUCACUUAGUGGGGGUUGUUCGAUCAUGGCUACAAGACUGGAGGCUAUUCACACCUCGCCUCCGCGGUUUUUGUCUAUCGGGGGAGGACAAGAAACAGGAUUGGCAAGAUGAGAUGUUAGACGGACUGGAAGACUUAGCUUUGGAGUUUGAGGUUCAGAUUCAAAUAACCGGGAAAGGAUAUAUCGAGGUGUUCGGUUGA